AUGGCUUGGUUGGAACAAAUGAAUAAUAUUGUUAAACGUGCAGAGAACUCCGUGCAAACAUUCAUGAAAAGUUCAAGGAACGUAAGGAUAAAGCAGAUUCAAUUCAGAACAAACGCUGGGACAAAUCUUUGGCGCGAAAUUGGCCAAAUGGAGAAUACUGUCAAUCUUGUUACAAGGACCAUAAAAGCGUACAACAUUAAGUUUACAAAAGAGUCAAACUCAGUGGUCGGUUUGGAAGAAGAUGUACAUGAACUGGUGUCACGACUGACAACCAACAACGAACAUCACCCUUUUUUUUCCAUUUUAGGCAUUGGAGGCAUAGGUAAGACAACACUGGCAAAGGAAAUCUAUAACCAUGCAGAUGUUGCAACACACUUUCCUCAACGUGUAUGGAUCUCUCUACCUUGGAAGUCCAGUGAAUCCUGGGUCCAAACGGUACCCAAAAAUGUGAGGUACCUUUUAGUUCUAGACAACAUCUCGACCAAGGAAGAGUUGGAAGAAGCUCUGACAGUAGCAUCACCAAGUGGAAGCAGAAUUCUGCUCACGACAAGAGACACAAAUUUGGUUUCAGAAGUUGGCAAUCCUCCCCACCACCUUCGUCUACGAACCAAAGAAGAGAGCCGGAAGUUACUUAACAAGAUGGUGCACUUUAAUCUGAAAGAGGAAGUGAAAGCAAAGGAAAUUUUAGGCAAGUGCGGGGGUUUCCCACUCGCCAUUGUACGCCUUGGAUAUCUAAUAUCAAGGACUGCUGUUUAUAAUUUUGAGGAGUUGGAAAGGGUGAUCAAGCAGAAAGAGAAGCCAAUGUUAGAAACUUACCCUACCAUAGAGUCCAUACAAGGGAGCCUUCCCAAAUCUGAUCCUCAUAUGUUUAGGUGCCUAUCUUACUUGAAACUCUUCCCAAUGGAGAUUGAAAUUCCUGCAAGGAGAUUAAUUGCUUUGUGGAUUGCAGAAGGGUUGGUAAAAGUGGAAAAGAAGACAGAAUCCCCUGAAUCUGAAGAUGUUGCAAAUGAGUAUCUAACGGAGUUGAUUAAUCGGGACAUGAUUCAAGUAGUUGAAAGAAAGCUUAAUGGUACAAUCAAGACAUGCUGCUUACCCUAUAGUCUACAAAAACUCGAGUUUUACAAGAAUCAAAAGAGGAUUGUUAAUUUUAGAAGAAAUGAUCCAAGUCCUACUUCUGGUAAAAGCUCAAAUUUUCGAAACGAUUAUCGAGAUCUGCUCUCAAUUCUAACCUUUGAUACUCGAGAAGGAAAUACACCUGGAGAAGAAGCGGGUAAGUUUCUUAGAAAGGGCAUUGCAGGCGGUUGCUUCCGAAAGCUACAGGUUCUUGAUCUUGAACGUCUGUUUAGACCUGAAUUGCCAAACAUGUUAGGACCAUUAAGCAAGUUGAGGUAUCUAGGCUUGAGGUGGACUUGCCUUGGAUCAAUCCCAUCAUCCAUUGGUGAAUUGGUGAACCUCCAAACCUUAGAUGUGAAGCAUACAUCUGUCCGAAAUCUCCCUGGUUCAAUAUGGAAACUGCAAGAACUUCGAAACCUAUACUUAAACCAGAAUUGUCGAAGUAGACUUGAGCAUCAUCAAGGUGGUAAUUCCUUGAAGAAUCUCCGGACAUUAUGGGGUUUAUUUGUGGAUAAGGAUAGUCCGUUGAAAGAUGGGCUGGACAAGGUGACCAACCUCAGAAAAUUGGGAUUGGCAUUCCAGUUAGAGCAGGAAGAGCAAAAGGCAUUAGCAAACUGGAUUAAAAAGCUGAAGUACCUUAAGUCUUUAAGAAUAAGAUCAAUUGGGGGAAAAGGGCAAACCCUGUGA